ACCUUUGAGAUUUCUACUUAAGUAAAUCAAGUUACGAUUUCUUAAGAAAAGUUUUAUUCCUUAGCAGUUUGCAGCAUGAAUAAGUCCAAUCAUUUUUUCCAAAAUAUCAUCAAACCCUUUAAACUCAAUUCGCGAAAAGAAGGACAAGAAGAAGACUUGGAAAAGCUUGCUGCAGAAGAACACAAGGACUUCGCUUUCCAAACUUUAGUUUCAGCCACAAAAAACUUCCAUCAUCAAAAUAAACUAGGCCAUGGGGAAUUUGGCCCUGUUUUUAAGGGAAGGUUGGAAGAUGGGAGAGAGAUUGUUGUCAAGAGGUUGUCACAUAACUUAUUUCAGAUGGUUAAGGAAUUAACAAAAGAGGCCCGGUUGUUGACCCGCGUCCAGCACCGCAAUGUUGUGAACUUAUUAGGGUAUUGUGUGCACCCUGAGAAGCUUUUAGUAUAUGAGUAUGUUGUUAAUGAGAGUUUAGACAAGUUUAUAUUUGGAUCUACAAACCAAGAUUCAUUUGAUUGGAAGAGAAGAUAUGAUAUAAUAUGUGGUAUUGCUCGUGGAUUGCGUUAUUUGCAUGAAGGCUCACACGAAUGCUUCAUUCAUAGAGAUCUGAAGGCAAGCAAUAUAUUACUAGACGAAAAAUGGGUACCCAAGAUUGCUGAUUUUGGUAUGGCUACACUUUAUCCUGAAGAUCUGACGCGUUUUAACACACGUGUGGCUGACACCAACGGAUAUAUGGCACCAGAGUAUGCAAUGCACGGUAGUUUAACUUUAAAGACGGAUGUUUAUAGUUUUGGUGUCUUGCUUUUGGAGAUCAUUAGUGGUCAGAAGAACUCUAAUUUUACUAUGGUUUCUGAUUGCAAAAAUCUAUUGGAUUGGGCUUAUAAGAUGUACAAGAAAGGGAAAGCUGUUGAGAUUAUAGAGGCCAGAUUGGUGUCUUUGGUUGAUCCUGAUCAGGUGAUGGCUUGUGUGAAAAUUGGAUUGUUGUGCACUCAAUCUGAUCCCCAGUUACGACCCACCAUGGACCACGUUGUAAUGAUGUUAUCGAAAAAGUCUAGUGCACUUGAUGAGCCAACCCGGCCUGGUAUCCCAGGUACUAGGUACAGAAGGUCCUGGGCCUCUGAUGUUGCCACUAACACUUGAUAUUACAUCUUAAAAUUUGUAACUGUCCGUCUGUCCCAAUCCUGCUAUUAUUGUAUGAUGUAUAUAAAUCAUAUGAAAUCUGCCUGGCAUGAUUUUGACCUUCUAAACAAA